ACGAGGGGGUUAAACUUUGGCCCGAUACCAUAGUACGUACACCCACCCACACCUCCAUCCCUCGCCAUGUGCGUGUCACACGAUCGGUGUGGGGGACGUAUAAGUGUGACAUUCGAUAGCAGCCUUUGUCCUGCCGUUGCCGUCGGCCAAAUUUUAUUCUGGGUUGCCUUUUGUGCCUUGUUUCUUCUUUCUUGUUGUUGGCCUCUGGCCCUCUCUACCCCUGGAAACUCUGUCGUUGCGACGUUGCUGGAUCUCUGGAUAUCUGCGAUAGGUCGGAUCGCAUCCACCAUCUUUGGAUAUACUCCGUGAUAGGUCAGAUCGCAUCGCCCAACCCCACCCUCGUUUCCGGCCGUCUUCUGUCUGAUGAAAAUGACUCCUGAGCCAUCUCACCACACCGCGCACCCCUGUCCGACAACGUGCCGAGCGGGCGAUGGAUAUAUUUGACAGCGAAUAUGGGGAGGGUUAGAAUAAAACAACGAGAAAGAGGCCCCCGUUGCAUCAGAAAGUACCCC